AUGUCAGCCACAACGCCCUCCACUACGACCAAAGCUGGCGCUGCCACCGAUGCACUGGCAGCAGCGUGCGGUCCUUUAGCUGCAGGGCCCGGUGACCCCUCUUUCUUCUCAUUCUUGCCCCCCGCCGUGCUCUUGCCUGCCGUCUGCUUCUGCAGUGGCUUCUUGCCCUUGCCCGUCGUCUGCUUCUGCUUCCUUGGCGUCAUUGCUGUCAUGCGCAGCCGACGUCUUUGCUGCAGCAGGGCUGGCAGACCCUGCCGCGAGCUUUGGUGGUGGCACUCGCUUAGACUCCAUCGCCAGCGUCGUGUGCUUCGCUGGCUUCUUCCGUGUCACCUUCUUCGCUCUGACAGCUCCUUCGUUGCUCUGCUUCUGCCCAGCCCGGCGGAUGCACCACCCGUGGCGCUCACCUCGCGCAGAAGUCGUCGCUCCUGGUCCAUGAGCUGGUAUCGCGGUGCUUUGGGGAUUGGUGCGACCAUCUUCGUCUUGGCCGUCGCUUUGGAGGAUGAGCGCUUUGGUGGCUGUGGGCCACUCAAAGAUGGUGGGUGCGGCGCAUUGGUUUUUAUCCCGUUCAACCAGACCCAGUUUAUGGACCCCUAA